GACAAACAAGGUUUCCCCAUGAAGCAAGGUGUCCUCACUCAUGGCCGUGUCCGUCUGCUACUUAGCAAGGGCCACUCCUGUUACCGUCCUAGGAGAACUGGAGAACGAAAACGCAAAUCUGUUCGAGGAUGCAUUGUUGAUGCCAACUUAAGCGUCUUGAACUUGGUCAUUAUAAAGAAAGGUGAGAAAGAUAUUCCUGGAUUGACUGAUCAUACUGUGCCCCGUCGCCUUGGUCCCAAGAGAGCUAGCAGAAUCCGAAAGCUGUUUAAUCUCUCCAAAGAAGAUGACGUCCGUCAAUAUGUUGUGAGGAGACCAUUGAACAAAGAAGGUAAGAGGCCAAGGACCAAGGCACCCAAGAUCCAACGUUUGGUGACCCCCCGAGUCCUGCAGCAUAAGCGCAGACGUAUUGCUCUAAAGAAACAGCGAACUCAGAAGAAUAAGGAAGAAGCUGCCGAGUAUGCCAAGCUUCUGGCUAAGAGAAUGAAGGAGGCAAAAGAGAAGCGGCAAGAACAAAUAGCGAAGAGGCGUAGACUUUCUUCUCUGAGAGCCUCUACAUCUAAAUCUGAAUCAAGCCAGAAGUAAGCCAUGAACUGUGCUCCUAAAAAGGUUAAAAUAAAAUUUUUAUGAUCUGAA